AUGUAUGUGGACCACAUCACUUUACAAGAUUUAAUAAAAUAUCAGGGCAUCAGUUGCGAAGUAAAGAAAUUGUUUGAAUUGAGAUUAAAGUAUAAGAAGGAAGAAAAGCCGCUACAAGAAAAUAUUAAAUUAAUUUUGAACAGUAUUUAUGGAAAAACUAUUUUGUCCCCGAUAGAGUCGAAAAUUAAAAUCAUUGAUGAUAAAGAUGCUGUUAGGUAUGCCAUCAGAAAUUAUAAUCAUAUUAUUAAGUUCGAAGGUUUAGAUGGUUCGGAUAAAACUAUUUUCAAACUAACUAAAAGCAUUUGCAGACACUUUAACUUUUGCCCCUUAGGUGUUAAUAUCUUAUCUAUGUCGAAACGUAUCAUGAAUGAAGUAUUUUGCACUGCUGAGGAUAUGUGGUUGAGUAUCUUUUAUUCCGAUACGGAUUCAAUGCAUCUCUAUAACAGCGAUAUCCCUCUUUUAGCUCAAGAGUAUGAGAAACGCUAUGGAAGAGUUUUGAUUGGUAAAAAUCUUGGUCAAUUUCAUUCCGACUUUGCUGAAAUUACUAAGGACCAUCAAUCGCUUGCUUAUAAGUCGAUAUUUUGUGGAAAGAAAACAUAUGUAGAUUUAUUAAUAAAUGACAUCGGUGAAGUAGCUUUUCACUGUCGUUGUAAAGGAGUUCGUGGUGAUGUAAUAUCAAUUACAGCUAAUGAAAUGUUCCCUGAAGCAGUUCAAUGCUAUUACGAUGAAGAUAAGAACUUACAUAUACCUGCUGGAACUUAUGAUAAAGAUAGUGAGUUUUCAGUUAUGAAACUAUAUGAAGUCCUUCAUGACGGUCAGGAAAUUGCAUUUGAUUUAUGUAAAUCAUCCACACCUUCAUUUGAAGAGAAGUUUAACUUUUCAAUCCAAAACAAAAAUACUUUCAUAAGGAAAUUAAAGUUUUGA